AUGGCAGACAAUUCAAAAUUGACCGAUGAGGAGCUAACUGAAAUCAGGGAACAAUUUGCUCAGUUGGACACGAGCGGUAACGGAUAUAUUGAUUUGAAAGAACUAAAAGACGCACUGGACAGCGUCGGAUAUAAAAUACCACAAUGGAAGGUUCGAUGUAUGAUCGAAGAAUAUUACGACAACGGCGCCAAGAGCGGCCGGGGCGUCAAUGGCAGUAUGAACGGAGACGCCAAGAAGAAUGGCAUCUCACUGGCUGAGUUUGAGGAACUUUGUGCCAAUCUGAAAGCACAGCAGGUGUCGAGUACAUUUAAACAGGCUGUCAGUAAAAAGGAAAAUCUUGAACACUUGGGUGGGAUGAGUGAGGCUUCCAGUGAUGGUACGACUCACUCUGUACGUCUUGAGGAACAGAUGGCGUUCUCUGGAUGGAUUAACAGUAACCUGGAGCAUGACCCUGACCUCAAACACCUACUUCCCAUAGACCCUGAGGGCAAACAACUGUAUGAGAAGCUUAAAGAUGGACUUAUACUAUGUAAAGUAAUAAACCAUUCCUGCCCGGAUACUAUUGAUGAGCGAGCUAUCAACAAGAAGAAUCUGACUUUGUACACCAAACAUGAAAACCUCACACUAGCAUUAGUGUCCUCACAGGCUAUCGGAUGUAAUAUAGUCAACAUAGAUGCCCAUGACUUGGCCAAAGGAAAACCUCAUCUCGUGUUGGGUCUAUUGUGGCAGAUCAUUCGUAUUGGUCUCUUCAACCAGAUCACUCUUGAACAUUGUCCAGGGCUUACAGAAUUACUUAAUGACCAGGAGCGUAUCGAAGACCUGCUAGCUCUCUCCCCAGAAGCCAUCCUUCUUCGCUGGGUGAACCACCAGCUGCAGGCCGCGGGUGUGACUCGCAGGUGUAACAACUUCCAGCAGGACGUGGCUGACUCUGAGGUGUACAGCUACCUGCUCAAACAGAUCGCACCCGAUGACGCUGGAGUUACAUUGGACGCGCUACGGGAAACAGAUCUGCUUCGUCGAGCGGAAGUGAUGUUACAACAAGCGGCCAAGUUAAGAUGUCGAGCGUUCGUAACCCCCGCGGACGUGGUUGGAGGAGUUUACAAACUGAACUUGGCCUUCGUCGCUAAUCUGUUCAACCAACACCCGGGACUACAGAGAAACGAAAACAACGACACCUACCACCCUCUGGAUGAAACUAGGGAGGAGAAAACGUACCGUAACUGGAUGAACUCGAUGGGCGUGGCGCCUCACGUCAACUGGCUGUACUCCGACCUCACCGACGGACUCGUUAUAUUCCAGCUGUACGACAUCAUCAAGCCGGGGAUCGUCAACUGGAAGAAGGUCCAUCGUCAGUUUUCUAAGCUCACUCGUUUCAUGGAGCGUUUAGAGAAUUGUAACUACGUGGUUGAGUUAGGGAAAGCGCUGGGCUUCUCACUCGUGGGAAUAGCGGGCGCUGAUAUUAACGAAGGAAACGCUACGCUCACACUUGCUCUCAUCUGGCAGUUGAUGCGCGCCUACACCCUGUCUGUAUUGACUCGCCUGGCUAAUACUGGCAACCCGAUCAUAGAGAAAGAGAUCGUACAGUGGGUCAACAAUAAACUACAGGCGGCUGGGAAAACAUCAUCUAUUAGAACAUUCCAGGAUGAAGCUCUAGCUGACGCUAAGAUAGUUCUGGACUUGAUCGACGCCAUUAAACCUGGAGCUAUCAACUAUGACCUGGUAUUACACGGAGGGACUGUGGAGGACAACCUCGCGAAUGCCAAGUACGCCAUUUCAAUGGCGCGUCGUUGUGGCGCGCGAGUGUACGCGCUGCCCGAAGAUAUUACCGAGAGGAAACCCAAGAUGAUUAUGACGGUGUUCGCGUGCCUCAUGGCGCUAGACUACAUACCUAACAUGGACGCGCCCGGGAUGUCGGACCAACCGGUAAUACAAGUUGUGGAUAACGAAGUACUUAUCGUUGAAGCUGCUGAUGAUGUUCCGAGGAGCGAAAAACCAGCCCUGCCACCGAAACCAGACAACUUGAUGCCAUUAAACCAUUCCGUGUCGACAACCGAUGAAUAA